AUGUCACAAACUGAAAUAGUUGAAGAUAUGGCAUCGCCACCACCACCACAAAUUGUUCCAACAUCACAAUUAGACAUUGAGCCAAUUGAAUAUGCAUCAUCAAUGACAUCAGCUUAUCAACAAGAGGAAUUAGAUGAUGAAACGGAUAUUGAUUUGGCUAAGCCUGAAUUCGACGGUUUAUGGGAUAAACAACCAGUUAAACAAGAUAUUGAUCCACUUUUUAAUCGAUCAAAACAUUGGAAAACAAAAAUGGAUAAAGAUAUUUUACAACGAACAUUAACGAAAUUAAAAGAAAAUAUUGUUCGUGAACAAGUUGUUGGUACUAAACGUUUCGAAGGACCUGUACCAUUUAAAAGUGAUCCAUCAGAAAUUAUUUUUAAAGAUUUUGAUGUUAAUAAAGUUUAUCGAACACGAGUUACAUUAACGAAUGUAACAUUAACAAUUAAUACACUUAAACUAGUCGAUUUAUCUGAAUCAUUAAAAGAUUUUAUUACACUCAACUUUGAACCACCAGGAAUGAUUUCUGCUGGAAUGUCUUGCUAUCUUUAUGUCACAUUCGAACCAAAAAUUAAUGAAAAUCUUCGUGGUGAAAUAAAAUUUCUAGCUCAAACAGGCAUGUUUACUGUUCCAAUUCGUUGUGAAAUAAAAAAAGUUGAAUUAUCGUUGAAUAAAACAACAGUUAAUAUUGGAACGACAGUUGUUGAUGAACGUCUUCAUCAAAGUAUUACACUUCGUAAUAAUGGUGGUUUAGGUACAAAUUAUCGUUUGGUUAAAACAAGUUUAUUACGUGCUGAACAAAAUAAAACUGAAGUUAUUAAUAAUCAUAAAGAAGAAAUUAAAACAGACGAAUCAAAACCAUCAUUAGACAAAGAAACAUCAACCGUGUCAGAUGCAACAGAUAUAGCUAAUAAAGAAUAUAUUGAAGUUUUUACAAUAAAAACUGAUGAACGGGGCUUUCUUGAACCACAUUCAUCGAUUUCAUUUACAAUUGAAUUUAGUGCUCCCGUAGCUGGAACUUUUCAUGAAGAAUAUACUCUUGUAUUUGAUCAAAAUGUUCCUGAAUUACAUUUUUCUGUCAGUGCUCAAUCACUUGAUGUACCUGUUUGGGUAGAAAAUCCUUCGAUGGAUUUUAAAAUUUGCAUGUUUGAUCGUUUAUAUCAAGAUGCACUUAUUUUACAUAAUCGAAGUUCAGCUGCACUUCGUGUUUCAGUUGAUAUUCAACCACGUAUAUUACAAAAUUAUAUUGAAAUUGUUCCACGUACAGCUUAUAUACAAGCAAAAUCAAGUUUUAAUUUACAAGUUAAAUUAACUGCACAUCCAUCAAUUAUUGAUGAUGAUUUAUCAAAUGAAAUAUUUGAUUCACAAUUAAAUACAUUAAUUAUUCCACUUGAAGUUAAAGUAGCUGAUCAAAUUCGAACUGUACCAUUUAGUAUAAGUGCGAUAUUAACAACAAGUGAUCUACAAUUUGAUGUUGACAAUAUUGAUUUUGGAUGUUGUACAACAAGUGAAAGUGUUUUAGCUAAAAUUCAAUUAAAAAAUAAUUCACUAUUAGCACAACCAUUUGGAUUUGUUAAUUUACCUGAUUACAUUCAAGUACAACCAAAUGAUGGUUUUGGUACCUUAUUACCCGAAGAAACUAUUGAUUUACAUGUUUUAUUUAGUCCAACAGCAACAAAAGAAUAUCGAUGUACACUUGUAUGUAAAUCACUUGUUAAUCGUGAAUUUACAAUUGAAUGUCAAGGUGUUGGUGUUUUACCACCACUUUCUUUAUCAUCAACAGUUAUUCAUUUUCCAGCUACACCAAUUAAUGAUCAAUCAAUCGUUAGUUUUUAUGUUGAAAAUCGACAUUUAGAUAAAAAUCAUUUUAAACAUCCUGUACCACGUAUUGGAAACGGUGAAUUUGCUCCAAUUGGUCCAACAUCAUUUCAAUUUGAUGUUCCCGCAAAUGCACCAAUUACUAUUUCACCUCUUGUUGGUACUGUUGAACCAGGACGACGACAAAAAAUAACAGUACGAUUAGCACCUAAAUUAGAUAAUGAACAAAUUCGUACUGAAUCCGUUCGUAUAAGAGAAGCAGAAUUAAAACGACAAUUAGAAUCUAAAGAAAAAGAAUCAUCAAAUAAAGGCGAAUCAAGAACUAGACCUCCAGGAACAACAGCUUCAGUAAGUCGAAAACUUGAUACUCAUGGAACAAUGAAUACCGAAAUUAGUCUUCAUCCUGCUACAGAACAAUCAACUGUUUGGUCAAUAGCUCAAUUAUCUGUAUUAAAAUCAUUUCCAUCAUCACUUUCUUCAUUUCUUAUUCCAUGUUAUGUUGUAUCAGGUAUAUGUCAAAAACCUGGUACAUUAAAUUAUGAUGUUGCAAAUACAUUAUUUAUUCAAAUACAUUGUCCUAUUGUAAGACCAGAAAUGAUUGUUAUAUCUGAUUAUGGACAAACAACAAUUAAUUUUGGUUCAGCAUCAAUUGGACAAGAAUUAACACGUACUAUUCUUAUACAAAAUAUAAGUAAUAAAUCAAUACAAUUACAUAGUACUUUAUUAAAUAUUCAUGGACCAUUUCGAUUAAUAAAUGCUUUAAGAAGCGUUGAACCAGGUGAUACAACACCAAUUAAAUUAGCAUUUACACCAAAUUCAAUAAUUGAGUAUUUAGAAACAUUAGAAUUAACUAGUGAAAGUUCAAAAUUAACAUUAUGUUUAAGAGGUGUUGGUCUUAAACCUAAUGUUCAAUUAUCAUUUGAUACAAGCAAUCCAUUUUCAAUGGGAUGUGUUUUAGCUAAAGAUCGUAUUGAGAAAACAUUUCAAGUAAGAUUUUAUUAA